UAUAUAUAUAUGCACCAUCGCAGGCAAAACCAAAUAGUUCGCUUUUAGCAGCUUGUUUUGUGAGUGAGAGGAGGAGAUUGAUAGUAUUUCAAUGGCACAGUCUGAUUGUCAGGGAAGGAGAGGUGGUGUGGUGAUGGAUUCACUGGAUCUCACAUCCAAUAUGUGGGAACUAUGUGCCAACACUGAUUUGGCACACACCAUUUAUAUUCCUGUGGAUUGGCUUGAAACUGAUCAAGCCCACAUCUUCAAAGCUAACUUACCUGGUUUGAAAAAAGAGGAUGUGAAAGUUCAAGUGGAAGACAAAUGUGUUAUGUACAUAAGUGGAGAGUGUAAGAAGGAUGAGGUGAACAACAAUGACAAGUGGCAUCGUUUGGAGAGACCACAUGGCCCUUUCUCUCGUCGCUUCCGCCUACCAGGGAAUGCCAUGUUGGAUCAAGUGAAGGCCAACAUGACAAAUGGAGUGCUGACUGUGACAAUUCCAAAGGCAGCUGAGAGUAAGCCUAAGGUCAUGCCAAUCAAUAUAUCUGAAAAUUAACUUCACUAGUAUGUGAUGAUUUUGUGUGAAGAAUAAAGCAUAGAGAAAAUAUUCUCUGAUGCAAUUAAAGCAAAG